AAUACUUAAGAUAACCGUUAAGAUAUGAGGUUGUAUAUUAAAAACUCAAUUUUUUAGAAAGAGUAACUCAAAGUUUAAUAGGAAAAAUGGUCAAAUACACCCUUCAACUAUCACCAAACCAUCACAUAGACCCAUUACUAAUAAAAACAUCAUUUAAGCACAUUAACUUAAUAAAAUCAAUCAAUUUGGCCCAAUUUACCGGGAAGCAACCUUCUCAACCGGUUAAAGUUAGAUUUAACUUUUUUUUUUCUGUUUUCCUUUCCGUUUCUUCCAGCAAGUUUAUUUCAGCCUAUCCUAAUACUCAGUAUAUACUACGUAUAUAUAUGCUCCUAGCCAACCCUGCCACCCAACAACUCUGUAUUGCCAAGCCCUGUAAAACUGCCACUGACCCAUUCUUUGUCCCGUCCAUAGACCUCUCCAAACCGGCAACCGCCAAACACCUCCUCGUAAAAGCCUGCGAGGAGUUCGAGUUCUUUAAGGUGGUCAUCCAUGGAGUUCCCGCGGAAUUCAUAACCAGGCUUGAAGCAGAGGCCGUCAAGUUCUUCUCCUCAUCUUUUCAAAAAGAAAAAGCAUGGCCGCCUGACCCCUUCGGAUACACGGAGUAUAUAAGAAUAUAAUAAGAAGGUCGGAGUAAUUGGCGAUAUUGGGUGCGUAGAUUAAUAUACUUCCUAUAUACUUUGUAUACAAGUAUAUUAUAUAUAUAUACAGUGGAGGAGCAAGGGAGGGGCAUGAGGGGGCAAGCGCCCCCGCUUCGAGCAAAAAAAUUUAGUACUACUACUUAUAAUAUAUUAAUGCGCUCCCUUCUUUUUUCAAAAAUAAAUAUCAAUUAAGGAUAAUUUAGAUAAACUGUUAAAAUAAAAGGCAGAGUCUUUCAGAAAACAUACAUGUCUCUAGGAAUACAAGUAUUUGCUGCAACAUACCUCAUUCAUUUGAAUGAAAGUGUGAAUUGUUUUAGACCUUUAAUGACACGCAAGCGGUUGACUUUUCGUGGUUAUAGUGAGCAAAAAAAUAUUUAGUUUGACAAAUAUGUUGUCACAUUUCUUUCAACAAAAAGAUCAAAAGAUUCUCGAGAUUAUAUUGGAUUCCCUCCUUAGUGGAAAAAUUUAUUAGAAUUUUAGAAUUCUCAGAGAUGUCCAAGAUUCUCUAUAUGUGUGCAAGGAAGUAUUGAAUGUUCUAGAGUAAUAAUGAGGAGAUUUCUAGAGAAGUGUGAAACUCAUUAAAAUCGUGUGGAAGUGUGUUGAAGCUUCUAGAACAUUUUGAAGAAUCGUGGUGUUCUCUAAAUCCUUCUAGAAAAUUAGAGAAGCUUGUGGAUACUUCUUGGAAGAAUCUAGAUGUGUAGUGAUGUAUGAAAAAUUCCGGAGAAGCUUUGAUGAGAUCAGUAUAGAGAAGCUUCUUGUUUCUAUGUUAACCUUGAAAAGAGCUCUUGAGUGAGUGAAAGUGAGAGUCUCCUUGAGAGACGAGAGUAAGAGCCUUCUUGUGAGAAAAGAAAGCUCAAAGAUAUUGCUUGAAGAAGUGUAUGUGAUCGAGUUAUGUAGAGUGAAGUAGUCUCAGAUACAAAGAGUGAGUGAGAGUAAUACAAGGUGAUAUUGUCAAAUUGAGUUUUUGUAUUAUGAGUGUGUGAAUAUAUAAGUGUACAAGAGUCUAUGAGCUCGUGAUC